GUAACAGUGACUUUACAGAUUGGAGACAACAAAUAACCUGGCUGUCGUUUGGCUGUCUGAGGUGAGCAAGCAAAGCUGAAUUCGUUUGGACUUUUGCAAAUUGGGAAGCAAGGUAUUCUUAUUUGCAGCAAGUUGCUAUUUAUCAUAAUUCAUUUUGCUAUGUACAAAGUCAACAAACUGCUCCAUUUGUUUCUUCCUUGAUCAUAAUCCUUCACUAAUCCAGCCAGCUAAGGAAACGCCAGAGGAAUGGUGCUGCUUCCAGGAAAACCAGAGGUGUUCUUCAGAGAGAUGGUUAGACCAUCUACUCCAACACCAGACAGCCACAGAAUUCACAGGCUUUCCUUCUUCGACCAGUUUUCUCCACCAUUUUACGUCCCUCUUCUCUACUUCUACCUCAACCAUCAUCAUCAACCGAACCAUGAAGACACUACCCUUGCUGAUCUCAUCGAUGACAGAACCCGUGCGCUCAAACGAUCCCUCUCUGAAGCACUAUCCACAUACUACCCUCUAGCUGGGAGAAUGGGAGAUGAUGAAGAUGGUCCAUUAACCUUUCACUGUAACGAUGAAGGGGUCGUCUUCCUUCAAGCGCGGAUGAACUCGAAGCUGUCUACAGUUUUAAGCCAUCCAGAUGGGGACCAACGCGACGAGGCUCUGAAUCUCUUGUUCCCGGAUGGUUUUUCCGACAAAUUCACCAGCUUGAGCAGUCCCUUGCUGGUUCAGGUUACUAGCUUUGAGUGCGGAGGGAUGGCACUGUCCAUCUGUGCAUCUCACAAGGUCCUCGACAUGGCAAGCUUCUGUGCUUUCAUCAACUACUGGGCGGCCACUGCUCCUUCCACCUCGUUACCCAGCAGCACCAAAAACCACCCGGACUUCAACUUGGCUACUCUCUUCCCACCCGUUGACCUACCACCAGCAACAACCGCCAUCAUUGAGCCUCCCCCAAAGGUCAAAAGCAUCUGCAAGCGGUUCGUCUUUGGACCGUCCGACCUAGCCAAGCUCAAGGCUCUUGCGGAGAAGAACAACGUCAAGAAUCCCACCAGGGUCGAACUAGUUCUAGCAUUAAUAUGUUCCUGUGCCAUCUCAGCAUCCAAGGCCUGUCGCUCUGGGAAGUGGACCUAUAAGUUGACUCAAGCUGUGAACUUGCGCACUAGAUUGUCAACAUUGCCAGUGGCGGGAAGUGAUCUGUCAUUGGGGAAUCUGUCUUCUGCUUUUGCAAUGAAGGUUGCAGGAGAAACUGAUGAGACGGACCUCGCCGAGAUGAUCAGGAGGGUGAAAACCGAGCAUUUCAGCUCCUGCGCUGCGGAAACAGGUGGUGGCUGCGACCAGUUUCGGUGUUUUAUUGAAGAGACGAGGAAAGGGUUGAAGGCUGAGGAGGCGGAGAAGGUGUACGUUAGCUCGAGCUGGUGCAGGUUCCAGCUGUACGAAGCGGAUUUCGGAUGGGGAAAGCCCGUGUGGGUGAUAUGUGGCAUUCGGGAGCCGAAGAUCGUGCUGCUGGAUACGAGAGAAGGAGGCGGGAUUGAAGCGCUGGUGUGUUUGGAAGAAGGAGAAAUGGCUGUGUUUCAGCACGACCAGAGGCUUCUGGACUUUGCUCGCGUCAACCCUAUUGUUAGUGUUGAAACAAUGUGACAGUCCAUGAUCAGAUGAGUUAAACAAAGUGCAGAACACUUGACUUAAAGAUCGUGAUAUAGAAUUGCAUUUAGGAUUUUUGAAUUUAUUGGUUUCAAAAGAAGUUGUUCAGAAUUAUACCUGGAUAAGCUUAAAAGCUGGGGUAAAGUAGUUGAUGAUACAUGUAUUCUCUGCUCUCCUGGUCAAGAAACUAGAGACCACCUCUUCUUCAAUUGUCCCUAUUCCUUCGGUGUGUUGAAAGGUUGCCUACAGAUGAUUCAAAGAUAUUGCCCGAGCUUUGCUGGCUAUGGUGAGUAUCUAAGCUGGGCUAUUCAGCAGUUCAAAGGGAAGCAAGUCUCUGCUCUAGUGGGUCGUUUGGUCUGGAAUGUGGCUGUAAGUAUGAUCUGGAGAGAAAGGUGUUCUAGAGUCCAUGGAGGUGUAAGAGUAUGGUAUAAGAUCCAGUAGAAUCUUCUCCCAACAACUCGAGUUAUUGGGAUCAACUGGUUCUUGACAUGGUAUCAGAGUCUAAAACCGAAAGGUCAUGUGUUCGAGUCUCCACGACCCCCAAUAUUAACAGUUUAUUAAAGCACAAGAUAUGGUGGCCUGUGCAAACUUCAAGCCCAUGAGUUGGCUUUCGUUUGAGGGGGCGUAUAAGAGUAAGGCUGUCUUGUGCACUGAAGUGGUUCGAGCCGUUCGACGAUUUAUAGAAUUGACUAGAUUGGGAUAUCUGGGUUUGGAUACAGCCUGUCGAAAUGUAUUCUUGUAAUUACUUAGUGGAAGUUUGUAGUAGUUAGUAGGUUGCAGUUAGUGUUCUGUGUUCUUGCAGAACUUGUAGGCUAUAGAAUGUAAAGACCUAGUUUGCACUUCCUUUUCCAGGUUGUUGCAGGAGAGCAUAAUAAUUUUUUUUAUAUUGCCCAUAAAAAAAGUUGUUUUUGUAGUGAACAAAACAAUAAUUGUAUUGUCUUUUUUCCAGAAGAAUACAGUCAGUUGAGGUGAGUGUAUGGACUUGUAACUAAUGAUAUAACUAUCAUGCGAUUUGUUCCUAUUCUCAUACAAUGAAUUAGUUUGUCAAGCGAUGCCAGUUAUCCCUUGAUACAUGGAAAUGGACUUAUUGUGGAAUUGAACCAUUAACAAAAAAAUUGAUCUCUGAAGCAUAUCUCAAAGUCAAAGGUGAUUUUGAAGCGAACGUGUUUCUCCGAUAUUUUUUAUACUAAGGAAGUAAUGGCUUUACGAGUGAAGCAUACGAAAAUAAGAGAUUUGAUCUGACUGAAUUUUCAGAACACAUACUUGUAACCUUGUCUUCAAUCUCCAAUUCGUGAACUUACAUCAACCUAAUCAUCGAUCAAAAGAAUUUUGUAUACUUUUUAUGUAAUUUGUACACUUUGUAUCAUAAGUUUGUGUGUUUUUAUGAUAUGAUUUAUAUACUUUGUUAAUUUUUUAUUAUUAGUUUGUAUAUCAUAUAUUAUUGAUUUAUACAUCAUAUUUUGGUUUGUAUACCAUCAAUAAUUAGUUUUGACACUU